GCCCACUCCGGUGAGGUCGGCCCCGCCCCGCCCCGGCCAGCCCCUGGGGACUCGGGCGGGCUGCACAGGUCAGGAGGGCCGGGCCGGCCCUGGGGCUGUGGCUGGAGGCUGGCGGGAGCCGAUGAGGGGACCAGCGGGAGGAGGCCCCCAGGCUGGUCACCAUGGCAAGUCGCCAGGUGCAGGCCUGGUGAGGGGCCUGCACGGUCUCAGCAUUCCAGCGAGGGCCGCCCAGCCCUUCUUCUCUGAUCAAGGGACCUACCGGAUGGAGCACGGCUUUGAGACGCAGCCCAGAGCCCCCAGCCCCGGACCCUCCUUCUCCCGCGGCCACCGGCUGGGGUGCCCCGCCCGCUCCUCCAGGCUCCCGGGAGGGGGUUCCGCGCUCACCCCUGUCCUCAGGAAGACCAUUCGUCUGGACUCCUUCCCCCAAAGCCACAUCCCACAGGCGCCCGGCCGCCAGGGCCUCGGGGCCAGGGCCCGCAGCGUGCCCCCGCGCGAGUCCGGGGACAGCCCGGCGCCCAGGAAACUCAGCUCCAUCUCCCUGACGCUCCGCCAGAACAGCCAGGCGUGGCCGCUGCACCCCCUGCCUUCUCCCUGGGGAGAGCUGCCCACUCUGGGCCAGGAGGCCGCCAUCCAUGGGAAAGGAAAGCUGUCCACUCCGGGCUCAUUGUCUGUGUCCCUCGUGCCGGGGAGCAGGGUCCGGCCCGAGGGCCCAGAGAACCCACCUCUGGCCAAGCCCAGCCGGAUGCCACUGGUGGAGAAGCCGCUGGUCAGUUCCUACCUGACCCUCCCCUUCCAGUCCCGACUGACCCAGAGCCCACCAGGCCCACUGGGGCAGGGCUUGGUGAGUCAGCGGCACCUGGUCCCGGCGACUGUCCACGUGCCCGCCAGGGCCGCCCCAGGACGAGGCAGGAGCCGGGCCAGGGGCCUCCCGAGGCCCCGGCUGCAUCUGCAGAGGCCCACCCUGGCCAGCCUUGUCCUGGCACCCGCGAUGGCCGUGGACUCGGCUACUCUGGACACAGCGGGGUCAGGCCCAGCCCGGCCCUCAGCUGCAGUGGCCACCCACAGACCCCGCCUGGCUGUCGGUCUGGUCACCACAAGCACAUCCAGAGUGGACGCGGGCACAGAGCUGCCUGCUCUGGAGACCAAGCCGGGCUCAGCCUCAGACUUGUCUGUCGUGGGCACCGGCAUGGCCGGCAUGUUUGCGGACCUGGCACUCCCGGACCCAGACAAGCUGGGCACAGCCACAGCGAAGGCAGAUACCACCGCUGGGACCGUGGCCACGGGCUGGGCCGCACCAGGCCCAGCCAAGCCAGGCACAGCCAGGUCCGACACGGCCGUGGUUUGUGCCCGAGCAAACACCAUCACGCUGCACGUGCCAACAGACCCUGUUGCUCUGGAUAGGACCAGGCUGGGCCCAGCGCUGGGCUGGGUGAUGCCAGUCCUCCCAUGCCCAGCCACGGGGGACUCUGCCACCGAACCCCUGAUGCCGAACAGAAGCACAGACCAAGCUCUGGACUGCGCAGCCGCGGCUGCCACAGUGGCCCAGGCCAGGGAAGCCACAGGGCUCCCAGAGACCAGGACGGACGCAGCCAUGUCAGAGCUGGUGCCCGAGCCCAGGCCCAAGCCGGCAGUGCCCAUGAAGCCCGUCAGCAUCAACUCCAGCCUCCUGGGGUACAUCGGCAUCGACACCAUUAUCGAGCAGAUGCGCAAGAAGACCAUGAAGACCGGCUUCGACUUCAACAUCAUGGUCGUCGGUCAGAGUGGACUGGGCAAGUCGACGCUGGUCAACACGCUCUUCAAAUCCCAAGUGAGCCGCAAGGCCUCCAGCUGGAGCCGCGAGGAGAAGAUCCCCAAGACCGUGGAGAUCAAGGCCGUGGGACACGUGAUAGAAGAAGGAGGGGUCAAAAUGAAGCUGACCGUCAUCGACACACCGGGCUUUGGAGACCAGAUCAACAACGAAAAUUGCUUGCGCCCCCUGGACCUGGAGUUCAUGAAGCACCUCAGCAAGGUGGUGAACAUCAUCCCGGUCAUUGCCAAGGCGGACACCAUGACCCUGGAGGAGAAGUCUGAGUUCAAGCAAAGGGUUCGCAAAGAGCUUGAAGUCAACGGCAUUGAAUUCUAUCCCCAGAAGGAAUUUGAUGAGGACCUGGAGGACAAGACGGAGAACGAUAAAAUCCGGGAGAGCCCUUUAAAACCGAUAACUCUCAGACACAACUCCAGUAAGGAAAAGGACACAGCUGUGCCAGGCAGCCGUAUGGGGCCCGGUGCCCGGGGACACGGGGUACAGGGCAUGGGGCCUGCCUUCUUGGACCCCUGGGGCCGCCUGGCUCGGGACCAGUUUGUUCUGUCCACAGUGGAGAACCUCAGCCACUGUGAGUUUGCCCUGCUUCGGGACUUUGUCAUCAGAACCCACCUCCAGGACCUCAAGGAAGUGACACACAACAUCCACUACGAGACCUACCGGGCCAAGCGGCUCAACGACAACGGAGGCCUCCCCCCGGGAGAAGGCCUCCUGGGCACUGUCCUUCCACCUGUGCCGGCCACCCCCUGCCCCGCUGCUGAAUGAAGGCCAUUUCAAGCGGCUUCUCCCUCCACCCUCUCGGCUGCUAUCGCCGCAGGGCCAGGCUCUCUGCGGUCCUUGUCCCGCCCAGCCCCCCGCAGGUGGGAGGGCCCAGCUGCCCCUCUGGGCCAGCUGCCCCCCCAUCUGUCCAACCCACCCCCACCCCAUGGAACGGAGCUCUUGCCAGCACUGCCCUCCAGCGUCUGUCUGCCGGCCCCGGCCCAUCUGUAGGGUGGAAGAACUCGUCACGAGCUUCUUCCCAGCCCAUCCCAGCUACUCGUCGCCACCCGCGAGGGCGGCCUUGCUCCCGAUCAUCCAUCUGCAUGAGCUACUCUUGGCUUCCUUAGAGGGGCAAGAAAGCUGCUUUUCUGCCUGUCAGAUGUGUUGAGCAGCUGUGUGCACCCCAACGUGGGACAACCGUGGCUCCUUCACUGCUUAUCAGGGUGGGCCGUUACAGGUGGGAGGGAGUGAGGGCUAGGGGCGCUUCUUCAAAAAUCACAUGUGGCCGGCCCUGAGAGAGGUUUCACAUCCUCCCAUAUAACACAGCCCUUGAGGAAGAGUAGUUUUCCCAUAGAGGUUUCUGGAGUUGACUUCCUAAUCACUCAAAAAAAAGAACUAAACACACACGAAACUCCAGAAACGCAUGAGAUGUGACUCGAGAAAGAAAAAAGCACCCUUCUGUCUACUUAGCAAUAAGAGGGAUCUCUUCCCACCCACCCUGAGGACUCCUGUUCCCACCUCUACCCCGUCAAUGUGAGUAGUGAGUUAGCCUGGCCACACUCGGCCACUGGAGGCUAGUGGGAAAUACCCAGUGGAGGUGAAGCCCCCAACAGAUGCAUGAAUGUUUGCGAAUGUCGCUGCCACUCACUGCCCCCACACUGUGUCUUAGGGAAUCCCCCUCAACCUCUGUUCCCCAUCUCCACCUGGACACAACUUGCUGAGGCUGGUGACUGUGGGCCACUCAUCGAACACCAAGUCCUAGUGGAGUAAGGCCCAAGCCUAGGGGAUGCAAGGACGACCCAUUUCCUAAAUGUGACCAGUCCCAGCCAACCUUCUGGAGACGUUCUGGUUAAGUUUCCCACUGAAAACAAGCCAACAGACAAACUGGUUGUGUAAAUGUUGCUAGACUUUGUGUUGUACAACUAAACAUUGCUGUUU